CUUAUAGAUUCUGAAGUCAAUAUCGGAAAGAAGACAUUCACUGAGGUUCAAACAGAACGAUUGGAGCAAGCAGAACGGGCUGUUUUAAUUAAGUGCCCACAAAAACUUAACGGAAAAAAAUUAUUGCAGUAUUUAUCCAGUCAUGGAAACAUUAACAGUCACUUCUUUUUUGAAAAUCGUGGUGUCCAUGCUUUAAUAGAAUUUUCUGAAAAGGACAGUAUAGCCUCAUUGCAGGAUGCUAUUGGAAUCCCAAGUGCUGCAGAGCAUCAUGUUGUUCCAUUUAAAUCUAGACUUUUUACUUUCACGCUGAAAAACACAGUGAGUCAAGCUGCUGAAGAGACACCACUUCACCUCUCUCCUCAGUCUCACAUUCCAGUGACAGAGCUAAUUCAAAAGCUUUGUCAUGCAGACAGUAUAAGCAGUCAGAUGUACAUUCUACUGAAUGAGUAUCAGCUUACAGAAGAAAAUAUCAAGCUCCGAUUUCUGGCCUGUUCUUUGGUUCGGGAUUUCGCACAUGCGUAUUUUCCAGACAGCACGGUAAAGCCAUUUGGCUCUUCAGUCAACACCUUUGGCAAAUUGGGAUGUGAUGUGGACAUGUUUCUGGACUUCCGUGAUACACGAAAGCAUGCUGCAAAAAUGAAAAAAGGUCCCUUUGAAAUGGAAUAUCAGAUGAAAAGAUUACCAUCUGAAAGAUUAGCAACUCAGAAAAUUCUGUCUGUGAUUGGUGAUUGCCUUGAUAAUUUUGGUCCUGGAUGUGUGAACGUACAGAAGAUACUCAAUGCUCGCUGCCCGCUGGUGAAAUUUUCCCAUCAGCCAACAGGAUUCCAGUGUGAUCUGUCAGUGAGCAACAGCAUUGCUAAAAAAAGUUCAGAACUCUUGUAUAUCUACGGCUGUCUUGAUUCCCGUGUAAGAGCACUAGUGUUCAGUGUACGAUGUUGGGCGCGUGUUCAUGGACUUACAAAUAGUGUUCCUGGUACCUGGAUUACAAACUUCUCUCUAACCAUGAUGAUCAUGUUUUUUCUGCAAAAGAGAUCACCACCUAUCAUUCCAACACUAGACCAACUUAAAGAACUGGCAGAUGAAAAAGACAAGCAAGUAAUUGGAGGAUAUGAUUGCUCAUUUGUUAGUGAUUUAAGCAAGAUUAAACCUACAAAAAAUACAGAAACACUUGAUGUAUUGUUGGGUGACUUUUUUGAAUAUUUUGGAAACUUUGAUUUCAGAAAGAAUUCCAUAAAUCUUCGAAAGGGAAAGGAAGUAAAUAAACCUGAGUCGUCUCCUCUUUAUAUCUGGAAUCCCUUUGAACAAGACCUUAAUAUCAGCAAGAAUGUUAAUCAGCCACAGCUGGAGAAAUUUGUAGCUAUGGCCAGAGAAAGUGCCUGGAUUUUACAGAAGGAAGGUAAAACUCAGCGAAUGAUCAAUAAAGAGCCUUGGGGACUGGCAGCCCUAUUGAUACCAUUUGGAAAAAGUAAUCCCAGCAAGAUGAAGAAUAGGAUGAAAGGAAUAGGAAGUGAAACAAUCAGAAGCCUCUUGGACUCUUUAAAGUUAAAUAAUGCAAACAGUCUACAAAAAGCAGUGGGAAAGUGACUUUCAGCACAGAAACACAGUAGCUGAUAUUCUGUUUUAGGAAUUGAAUGUGACACACAGUCCGAAGAACAUUACUUUUAAUGUUUCUAGCGUGGUGAAAUGGAGAGUCAAAUGACCUCUGUUUUCCAUUGUGAUGCUUUUUUGUACAGGUCUGCUUUCUUUCUGUACAUUUUUCUCCUCCUUACUCCUCACUUUUCCAUCUGUUUUAUGAAUGAAAAGCAUUCAAAUGCAAGUUUUACAGAUACAUUUUGGAAGUAGCCUUCAGUUGGGCACUCUUUAACAAAAACCAACAAUGAAACAGACUGACAGGAGGAGCAUGGGAAAAAGUCUUUGGGAAUUCUGUUGACUAACAUACAAAUUAUACGCUAAGUAAAGACUCAAGAAACAAACACCUUUCAGUGAAACUACAGUUAAAAAGAAGUUGAAUGUUACAACCAUUGCUUUCAUUCCAGUCAUGUUCUGGAAGCCAGUAAAACCAAAGUGCAUGUAUCGAUUUUUGCAAUUGUUUUCCAUUCAUGUAGAUGGUGCCAAGACAAAAUAAAGAGAAUGGAAUUAGAUAGUAGGGUUUGCAAGUUCAUAAAGCA